AUGACAACUAAUCAGAUUUUUCUCCUUGAGAGAAAGUCAAGAAAGAUUCAGGAAGUGCUUCGUUACGCUGUGAAGCAAACUUUUGAGAAAGGAAACCUCGAGCUUGCAUUACGAGCUGUCUCGAAUCCAGACGCUCCUGAGCCUUACGCGCAUGUCACAGCUUACAGAAUCCUCCUUACGGCUGCUAACAAUGUGACGGUCACAGGAGAGCCUGACUGGUACAAGUACGCCGUCUUGGGUACAAUUGAGAGGCAGUGCUUGAAGAUACUAGUGUUGUUGAAUGGCGAGGCCAUGAACUUCAAGGCGGCUUUGCAAGUCUACGAUCUGGUUUUCCUUGGCAUAGACGAGUUGACACACGCAUAUAGAAGACGAGCAUAUGAUCUACGUUCUGGAUUCUCUGUUUAGGGUUCAGUUUGUAUAGUACAGUUGU